AGGAAAAGGACCGAAUUUAUUGCCUGUGAUUUCCUAACUGAGUGGUUAUACAACAAGAACCCAAAGAGGAAAGAUGAAUCAUUCACAGAAUUCUUUUCCAUUCCUUUUGUUAAUGACUGGCUAAAGGACCAUCCUAGGCCACCAAUUCCUCUGUCUCUCCUUCUAUCAGAAGAAGAAGCAAGCAUAGUAAUUCAGUCCUUCUGGAGAGGUUAUCGGGUCCGCUGUGACAGUGAAAUACAAGAGCUACGUCUUUGGCAAAAGCAGUUGAGAGAGGACAAAAACAUUGUUACAAGAGUGAAAGAAUUCUGGACCAAGCAGGAAGCCAAAGGACGUAAAACUGUAUGGAAUCCUGUCAUCGUGCCACCAAUGACCGUGGCCGUGUGA